AUGCUAUUAAUAGGAUGCUUUUCUUAUUUUCCUCGCAGUUCGGUGAAUCAUAAGCAGUGGAUACCCAGAUUCCAGAAUCCCACUUAUAGUCCAAGAAUCUGUUCAUACAGUCCAUACAUACCCACCCACGCUUCCUUUCAGGGAGGUGUUAAUUGUUCUGGUUUAGCUGAUUCUGAAGUUAAGUUUUUCAUUACUUACACGAACUGCUAUAUAAAGGAAGCAACAAUGUCUACCCCUAAUGACAAUGGGGCUUCGGUUAGGCUUGAGGGAAAGUAUGCUGCAAUGUUAGUGUGUUGGCUCCUAGGAAAUGGGUGCCUCUUUUCUUGGAACAGUAUGCUGACAAUAGAAGAUUACUAUGGGUAUUUGUUCCCGGCGGAUACCAUUUAUGUGCCUUUUGUCCCUAAUUCUGUUCUUCUUUAG